AAAUGGCAAUAUUGCUAAAAAGAAACAGCCAAAAGCCUCGUCAUCUAGCUAGAAUAGAAAAUUUAUUCAAAUAUGUAUGUAGUAAGAUGUCUUGACAAAACUAUAGGCACAUACUUCUAAUGAAUCUCUAAGUCUGAAACCUGUUUGUUUAAUGAAUCACUCGCGGUGUUGUAGUAUUUUUCUUACCAGCGUCAUUAGUGUAAUAGGCACUUCUAAUAGAUGGAAAUUACCAUCGCUCCUCAUCAAUUCUCUGUGUAUUUUUAAGAAUACAUAUUUUUAAUGAUUCACGUUUUGCCUAUUCAUGUAUAAUAUACAAAUUAAAAAAUAGUUUCUGGUUUUGAUCACAUUCAACUUCCAUCCUACGUAUUUUUCAGUUUAUUUUAUUAACAUUUUGUUCAUCAUUUAGAACGUGGAAUGUAUACUCGUAAUGAUUACACGAAAAUACAUUUUUACGUGUUAUACAGCAAGGGGACAAUAUUUCGCUAACUGAUAAACUGAAAGUUGAUGAAAACUUUUAAUACUAUCUCUGCUGCGUAGAAACAUUACAAUUCAACAUGGGGAAACAAAACAGCAAACUGAAACCCGAGGUCCUUGAAGAUCUGAAACAGAACACAGAAUUUUCAGAUGCCGAGAUACAGGAGUGGUACAAAGGAUUCUUAAAGGAUUGUCCCAGUGGCCAUUUGUCUGUAGAAGAAUUUAAGAAAAUAUAUGGAAACUUUUUCCCAUACGGGGAUGCCAGUAAGUUUGCUGAACACGUUUUUCGAACGUUUGAUGCGAAUGGCGACGGGACUAUAGAUUUUCGGGAGUUCUUAUGCGCUUUGAGUGUGACAUCGCGGGGCAAAUUGGAGCAGAAGCUUAAAUGGGCAUUCUCUAUGUAUGACCUGGAUGGAAAUGGUUAUAUCUCCCGACAGGAAAUGCUUGAAAUUGUUACAGCUAUCUAUAAAAUGGUGGGCUCCGUGAUGAAAAUGCCCGAAGACGAAUCCACGCCCGAAAAACGAACGGACAAAAUAUUCCGACAAAUGGAUAGAAAUAAGGACGGAAAAUUAUCACUCGAAGAGUUCAUAGAAGGCGCCAAGAGUGACCCAUCUAUUGUCCGACUUCUUCAGUGCGACCCGCAGUCACAGUGAUACCUCAAAUAUUAAUAUUUUCGACCGAGCGUACCAAUUACCUCGAUCUCCAUGCUAUGCAAAUCUAUUGUACAUGAUCACUUAUCUGCUUGUAAGAGCUAGUGCGCGGCGUAUAGCAUUACUGCAUAUAAAAUCUCCUCCGGUCGUUGUCCUGCUGCUUGGCUGUUUACAGAUUCUUCCUUUUUUGUGUUCGUGGCUAAAGCCUGAUUUAUCCAUAUCUUACUUUAGGUAAUGAAAUAUUGUAACUUUACGUGUUACGCUAUACUAUAUAUUUUUUUGCGAUUCGGACAUGACGCAAGAGCUUUUUUGGGAUAGCAAAUAUCCCAUGCUAGAUGGAAACUUUAACAAUAUCUAUUGAAAUUAGUUCCAACGGUGCUAGAUUCAAAUGGAAUGGUUAUAAAGUUGUGCCGAAUACAAAUUUUCUUUACUAGUGUUUUCGCUAAAGAAAAUAUUGUAAUCGAGCUCACUUCCAGACAUGGGAUAAUAAUACAAAAGUUCGGCGAUUGAAUUGACGCAAUAGGCUAUGGCUAUGGGCUUUUGUGUUGUCUUUGAAUCGCAAAGUAUAACUCGAUACUUGUAUAUCAUUAGUAAUUUUUAUUAUUAAGUGUAAUGUAAUUAGGUAAAGACAACCAGACAACAGGACAAUUGAAAUGUGACUAUGUUUACUGUGUAUUUCCCAAUUAUUAUUUUAGUUAGGAUAGUGAUACCAUUUUGUCCAUAUUUAGCGGUCUAAAAUUUUGUUACAAGCCUGCAUUAUCGAACGCAGCUUAUCUUUCGAUCUGUUCACUCGUUAUAUUAUCUUCGAUAUUUCAUAACAAUUACUUAUUAGUAUAAUGAAAUUUCAUAGUAUAUUCGAUGAAGUCUGUAUAUUAUGAUGGGAUAUCCGGGCAAGAAACGGGACGGUCAAAAUAGGCCAAGACUUGUUUCUUUGAUAUUUCUCUUUGAAUGCUUUUUUACAAAACAAUGUAGGAUUUAUUUCAUAUAUAAUAGAUGCCGAAGUUAUCUUACUUGUGCUAUUUAGUUGUACCAAAUCAAAGAUCUGUAAUUAAUGGUUCUUACGUAUCUAUAAUUUAGUUUAGGACCCUGCAUAAGACGAAAAUUACUCUAUAGUUGUUGUUAUAUUCAUAUGAAAAUUCGGAAUAAUUUAAACAAGACAAUAAAGUUCAAAAGCCGAUUUGACGAUCUGUACCUUUUAUAUUACUUUAUUAUUACAAAACAUAAGUGUAUUGAGUUAUGGAUAGUUUUUAUGGCAGAUAAUCAUUAAGCGGUCACCGCGUUUAUUGGCAAUGUAGUACCUUAUAACCACUUAUGACAAUAUAUCAAUGCUGUGUUAUCAAAGUUUAAGUUAAACAUGGAGGUGAAUGUAUUCCGAGAAAGCGAGCCCGCAAAAUAGACAUAUAGUUAGUAAUGGUCUUAUGAUAAAUCGAGUAAUUUUCUAUAUACAUUAUAAAAUUAGAAUCGUUUUGUGUUCGAUGAAUGACAUAUAUAUUGCAUUCAUAGUUACAUUGUACCAAAUCACAAGUAUUUACCCUGCGUGAAACCAGCUGGCAAAGUCAGACUAGUGUCUUAGUGUUGGCGUAGAGAUGGGCGUGUUCAUUAUAUAAAUAAGCAUACAAUUUCACGACGUCCAUAAAUAUAAUUUACAAAAUUCCUUUCUGUAGCUUCCUUAAGGUACAUGCCAACUGAUUUCACUGCAAAUUACAUCACGUGGAUCUGAUAAAUGAAUAAAUACGCUUCUAUCUUGCUAGUCUUUAUGGUCUAUAUAAUUAAUUAUAUAGUCUUCAAAAGAGUGCCUGGUAUUUGAUCAAUACCAUUGUAACUAAAUUGACCAUUUACACAAAUUUUAUGCAUCAGAAUUACAAUAAUUAUACAUUAUUUAGGAUAUAAUCAGAUCCUUCUACACGACCUGAAUUUACAUAGUGACAUGCAAAAAUUAGUACGUUUUAAUGUUAUAAGUACUGUUGAAUAUUCAUUUAUGUAACCGAGCGUUCAAUCACAUAGCUGAUAUUAUAAGGCUUAGUUAUAAUGUGUUUAAAUCUAAUCACGAGUCAGCCUGAGUAUUAUUCGAUUAUUUGUAAUUUGAUUUGUAAGAAUAUUGCGUACGAUAAGUUUUAUAAAUAUAUUUUAAGAAUGGCAAAUUGAGUCGUCGAUCGUGGGAAUAGUGCGUAGGUUGUUUUGUAGGGCCUUGUCGAGGUUAUCGCGAAAGAUAUGCAAUUGAUUGAUAAUAAGCUUAGUACAAAUUGUAUUGACAAACUUUUGUAGAUUGUAUAAUAUUAAAUGUAUAAAGAUAGUAUCGUUUAACUGAAAUGUAUUUUUGAACGAUUAUUAGUUAGAUAAGUAUAGAUUUGAUUCAUAACGACAUCGUAUGUUUAUUUGCAGUAGACAUCGCGAUGUAUGCCUUAAAACAGAUAUAAAACGUUAGCUGCCGUAGAUAUAUACUUAAUUAUAUAGAGAACUAGUUACGUAUAGUUAUUUUACAUAGCUUAGAAAUCGGCAUAUCAUAAAGAAGAUUUCCUAAAAACGAAACUUGAGCAAUAUCGAAAUCAGUUUUGGUAUCCAUUUUCUUUGGAGGGAGGUCUUGAUCUUUUGAACUCUAAAUUGAAUUUGAAAAGAAAACGCAAUAAUGUUAAUGUUAAUAAAAAUACGAAUACUUUUAAAAUAUGACGUGCUCACAUUUUGUAUUAUUAAUGUUUGUUAUUAAUCAAACGUUUAUUGAAGAAAGACAAUUAAUAAGCAUAAGUCUUGCUUAUAAGUGUGGUUUAUAAAUUAAUUUCCCUGAAUAUUGAAAGAUUGGUUUGCUGUGUCUAAUUAAUGACACUAACACAACGAUUAAAAAUUCAAUUUGAAAUGUUGAAUAAUAUUUUACUUUGUUUAUGGUUUUCUUUUUUUUUUUCAAAACAAUUAUAAUGUAUGAUUAUAAAUUAUUUAUUAUUGGUUUUGCUCUAGAUCUGCUUUAUCGUAAUAUAGAUUGUAUAAUUUAUUAGAUACAUUGUUUUACCUGGAACGCUUUGUGACAUGCUCUGACUAGGCCUAACAGUAUAUAUGCGCACUGUUGGUGAUUGUCGACUCGUUAAAUCAUUAAACACAAUUAUUAUCCCAUUUUAAAAUUAUUUAUAUGAUUUCAUUUGCACAUUUCGUUUAUUUGUUUAUUGUUUAUUUUUACAAAAAGUACUUAACCACUUACUUAUCUUUUGUGUGUAUGCUGUUUUCUUUCUUUUUACACUGACGAAAAAAAAAAUUAAUAUAUUAUUUAAUUCAAUGAACUUCUGACGAUUAAUUAAUUUGCUAUCACACUUUAUUUAGCUACUUAUAGUAACCAUUUAAUAAGCUCAGCUUUUCUUUGCUUUUAUUAUGUUGUAAUUAUUUAAUCAUUUAUUGUACUGUAAUGCACAAUUUGAUUUACCGCACAACUAAUGUAAUUAUUAUGUUUUUUUUUAAUAAUGAUGUAGCGGCGAGUUAUAUUAUUUAUGUAUUGUGUGGAGGUCAUUCUUUAUAAAAGUGAAUUAUGUUUUGAUUAUUUGUAUAAUACUGAAGUAUAUAGUGCUAACCUUACCGAAAUAAUCAUGUUAAUAGAUCGCUAAAAAAUGUAUUGAAGUAAAACAUACAAUAAAUUAAACUAUUAUGACGUUGGUAAAUCGUGACUCACAUUUUCUUCCAGAAAAUAAUAAUUGUUAAGGUUUCAUCUAUAUUGGAUAAUAUACAUUUAUAGUAAAGUCAUGGUAGUAAGUCAAUUUAAUUCAAUGUCAAAAAAUAUAAAAAAAAUAAUGGCCAUAAUUUUUCUCUUCAUUCACAAAUAUUCAUCGAUUGUAUUUACGCGUAUGUCUGAUACAGUGGAUACAUUGAUUAUUAGCUAUAAGUUUGAAAGGCUAUAUAAUAUCGCGUCUUUGUAGUCAUUGUGUAUUCCAUUUCACUUUUUCUAUUGCGUUAUCUUCUUAACUAGUCUUUAUCAAAAAUGUUAUACGGCUGAAAAUGAUCGUAAAGUAUAGGGUUAAAUUGGUAACAUUUGUCUAAUUAUUAUGAUUUCAAGCCACCGCACUUACACUGCCAUUGCGUACGUUUCGUUGGACCUGAUUUUAUACUUUAUUCUAAUUAAAAAAAGUGAUAACUAAAUUUAUUAUGUAUAUUAUGCUUUAUCCGUGUUAUUUAUAAUAUAGCUGAAACUAUGCAAUAAAUAUCAGUACAUUGUUAUGAUAAGCAAUAAUGUAAGUAAAUCCUUCCUAAGUUAGGUAUUGAAAAAUAAUAUGCCGUUACCUUAUUUUGUACUUAAAUUUACAAGCAAAUAUUUACAAUACGUAUGUUUAACUAAAAAUAUUUUGAAAAGGAAUAUUACGAAGUAUUUCGAGUAAUGCAAAAUGGACCGUGUUAAGAGAAGAGUUUAUGAUUAUAUUAAAUGUUAAAAUAAUAAAAUAAACUAUAACACAUAAAUUGGUAUAGAAAAAUGUGUUUGUAUUAAACGUUGUUCAAUGGCCCUCUAGAGGGCGUAUUUCUAAAUUUGUCUAUUGGCGUUUGGUCACUUCUUUGUUCAUAUUGUAUUUUCUUUACAACGGGCUAACAAAAAGAGUGGCCAAUACCUAACACGAAUCUAAAACUAUAAUCAACCCUAUACUUCACAUCACUUUUUGAAAACGAUUAAAAAAUACACAUUUAAAAGCUUGUGCUUUAUAAAGCUUUGCAUGUUGUUUGUAUUAUAAUAACUUAUUUCACCCACGGAUUCGAAUUAGUUAAAUGAUAUCUAAAUCAUUUAAUGUUGUAAUGUAAAAGAGAUCAAUAUUUUAAUAGAUAAUUUUAAUCGCGUAUCAAUUGUUAGAUGUUCGUGAUAAAUUUUAUGAAUAUUAUAGUUAUCAGAAUGUUCUAAAUACUUUCCAAUUUAAUGGUUUUAAAGUACCUAUCACUUCUUUACUUCUUGAACACACUUCUAAUAUUCUAACUUUUCCUCACGAAAACAACUUCUAAAUUAUAAUUACCUACUUAGUAGGAAAAUAAUAUCCUUACAUUUUAAUAAUGUUAUUACACAUUAAAAGCUUAUACGUACAAAGGUGCGAGGCGAGAUUGAGUUAAUUUAAUAACAAUACUGUCUGUGUGAGACUUUCUAUUGACUGAAGUUUGCAUUUUGCGCACAAAGCAUUGUUUCAUAAACGGUUUGACAACAGCGCAUUUCAUUCUGAACAAUAGAUUUGUUGUAUACCGAAUGUGGUAACCUCACUGCAACUUUAACAUGAUUCUCGCCCACCAAAAAUAUUUGGAAUUUAACAAAAACAUUAUGUAAGUAUUUGCAGCAUGGUAAUAAUUCAUUGUUUUUAAAUCCAUGAUUUAUACAAAGAAUUAUAACGAUAAUAUCUCACACGUGAAUACAUAAUGUCGCCUUACGUUGUAAUUUGAAACGGAUAUUUCGUACGUAGACAUGUUCACAAAAAUAUAAAAGGCCAGUAUAUUAUGUCGGUUGUUAAAAAAUUUCACAGUAUUUCGAUUCAAUAAGAAAAUUUGAUUUUUACUGUCUUCCAGUAUAUUAAGCUGUAGACAUUUUAAUGAGUACUUUAAUUGGCCUUUAUUCGUAUUGUAGUUAAAUGAACAUUUUAAAAUUAAUUUUCUAGUGUCUUAUUAUCCCGUAGGUACCUAUGUAUAGGUGCUGCCGUUGAAGAAAUAUCCAAUAGAGGACGCUUCACAAAUAUUCUAAAGUUGAUAUAUUCAUAUUAUACUAUUAUACCAUAAAUAUAAAGCGGUUAUAUCUUACAAGUUACAAACUAUGAUAGCUUCAAUUUAUCUCUUAACACCUAGUUAUGUAUGAUUUUGCUCCACUAUUAUAAGCUUAAAACAUUUUCUCAUUGCUAAGUUGUUCUUCACUCUUUUAUAAAUAUUACACAUAUUAAAUAUAUGGUGCGACAAUUACCCGCGAGAUUAUUACAAUAUUAGUUAUAUUGUCUCUUAGGUUUAUGUAUGAAUUACCCGAUUAUUAUUAUUUAUUGAAUUUUGGUACGUAUUUACGUUUAACUCAGGGUGCUAUUGCCUCUCAAAUGCGUGCGAAGAAAGCCGUUUUAUCAAACGUGAGUCGUUUGAUAAUUCAUGGAGAUUUGGAAAAUACAAUCGACAAUUGACUAGCCUCUCAAUUGUGGUUAUUGUGUCAUGUAAAUUGUCGGUUGAUUUUUGUAUGAGAGGGCAGAUGGGAGUGCACUUAAUUUAUCUUGAAAUCGUGUUUCUUUUUAAUGGACCAAAAUCAUAACAACAUUAUGUACUUAUAAGCAAUAAAUGUGUACCUUCUACUAUUUCUAAAUACUUAAUACUUAUUCGUGUUUGUAGAAAGACUAUUUUGUGUAUUAGGUACAUAUCAAUUCUGAUUAAAUACUUAGAUGUUUCAGACUAUUAAAUAUAUCUACAUACGUUGUGAGUCAAUGUUUAAAUUCACUUUACGAAGUUCGGAAACUUAUUAAUAGCACCCUGCAAUUUGAACUUAACGAUAAUAUGUGUUGUAAAUGUCGUAAAAAUUUAAUCCUUUGCGGAUUUUAUAUUUCAGAUGUCACUUUUGAAAUUCUAUAUAUAAAUUUACUGUUCCGUGUAGUCAAUUCGUGAUUCCUAAUUAUUUCUUCAAAAUGACCUUGAUCUGAUACUGUUUAGAUGUAAAGUUAUUGUAUCUAUUUAUUAAAUCUUUCUUCUCUCAAA